AUGAACGCGACAAAUUGUCUAUGCUCGGAUACUGCGCGUGGCUACACACCCGGCGGCGCGGCUGCGUCCAGCGACUCGGAGACGUCGGAGAGCAACAACUAUUGGACCGUUGACGGUAAGGGAGCCUCCAAGACACGCGAAGGCAAGCUGUCCAAGAAAACAGCUCGGAAGAAGCACUCGUCGGGUAGUGAAGCAGAGAAGAAGAGCGGCUCAUCGCCCUCGUCCAAGCCCGAGCAGUGCGAAGUCUUGGACUUUGGCGGCGGUUCGUCGGCGCCGGCUGGCGAUAGCGGCAGUGAAGACGACGGUGAUGUCGUUUCAAAAGUAGAGUUCAGCGAUAGCUAUGACGAGAACCUCAUGGGCGCAUGA